CCGGUGCGCCAAGCAGAUGUGUUUACUCCAGCCGCCCGCCACCCCGGCGGGGAAGGGGAGUACCCUGGCCGCCCCUCACGUUCGUCCCGGCAGCUCUCCAAACAACACCAGGGCGGGAUGGGAGUGUCUUCUUGGCUGUGGAACCUGAUCCUCCUACCUUGUCCUGAAGCCACCCGCCGCUUCCCCCCGGCCCUCCCGUCGUGGUGAUUUUCCGUCCCAGACGCCCGGCCAGGGCGCGCGGCUGGUGUCCGCCCAGCCCGAAAGCACUUGCAAGUGAGGAAAUAGCACCGCCCUUUGUCGUGGAUUAUUUCUAGUGGAGAGGCUCCAACAAUUUCGCAGACGGACUCCUGGGCCUCUGGAACCCGUACCACAUCCUUCACAUUCAGGAGCAGAGAGCCUUUGGGAAACAGAUUCCUAAAAGUGGAGGUGGGCCAGCCAUGAGAGGUUACCUUGUGGCCAUAUUCCUGAGUGCUGUCUUUCUCUAUUAUGUGCUGCAUUGUAUAUUAUGGGGAACAAAUGCCUAUUGGGUGCCACCUGUGGAAAUGAAGCGGAGAAAUAAGAUCCAGCCUUGUUUAUCGAAGCCAGCUUUUGCCUCUCUCCUGAGGUUUCAUCAGUUUCACCCUUUUCUGUGUGCAGCUGAUUUUAAAAAGACUGCUUCCUUGUAUGGUGGUGAUAAGUUUGAUUUGCCCUAUGGGAUAAGAACAUCAGCGGAAUAUUUUCGACUUGCUCUUUCAAAACUACAGAGUUGUGAUCUCUUUGAUGAGUCUGACAACAGUGUGCCAUGUAAAAAGUGCGUGGUGGUUGGUAAUGGAGGAGUUUUGAAGAAUAAGACAUUCGGAGAAAAAAUUGACUCCUAUGAUGUAAUAAUAAGAAUGAAUAAUGGUCCUGUUUUAGGACAUGAAGAGGAAGUUGGGAGAAGGACAACCUUCCGACUUUUUUAUCCAGAAUCUGUUUUUUCAGAUCCCAAUCAAAAUGAUCCUAAUACUACGGUGAUUCUCACUGCUUUUAAGCCGCUUGAUUUAAAGUGGCUGUGGGAAUUGUUGACAGGUGGCAAAAUAAACACUAAUGGUUUUUGGAAGAAACCAGCCUUAAACUUGAUCUACAAACCUUAUCAAAUCAGAAUAUUAGAUCCUUUCAUUAUCAGAAUGGCAGCUUAUGAACUGCUUCACUUCCCAAAAGUGUUUCCCAAAAAUCAGAAACCCAAGCACCCAACAACAGGAAUUAUUGCCAUCACAUUGGCUUUUCACAUAUGUCAUGAAGUUCACCUUGCUGGAUUUAAAUACAACUUUUCUGACCUCAAGAGUCCUUUGCACUAUUAUGGGAAUGCCACCAUGUCUUUGAUGAGUAAGAAUGCGUAUCACAAUGUGACAGCGGAGCAGCUCUUUUUGAAGGACAUUAUAGAAAAAAACUUUGUAAUCAACUUGACUGAAGACUGACCCUACAGACUCAGAAGACGAUGCUAACAGUAUUAGUUUUAUUUUUAUACUGUAAUUUUUAGUUUAUUUUUAAAUACGUUGGAUGCACUUGUCGAGAAAUUGUGUAUAUAAAGUGUGUUGGAGCCUGGUGAUUCAUAACCACCAGCUUAAUUUCUGUGAAUAUAUUUAAUUUAUAAAAACCAAGAUAUGUUUAGUUGAGAUAUCAGGGAAAUAAGUUUUGAAUGCAUUGUUUUUAAAACAACCUAGUUUUCUCAAGUGUUUUUAAGCAUCAUUUUAUAGUUACCUUCAUCUUAGACUUUCGAAGGGAUGUGACUUCCUAGUAAGGGGAUUUAGUUUAGUUUACCACAACAAAUUCUGACUAUGGCAUUUUGAGAGGCAUAUUUGUUGACUAUAAAUUGCUGGGGACUGGGCACGUAGUUGUGCCUUGAUACGGCAAAAUGGAACCUCUUUAGCUGUGCAUCUAGAUGAUUUGAAUCUUAAGAGUAGCCCUGACCACAGCAGUAGGUACAGUUAUAGAAUGUAAGAUCAUAUGGUCUCAUGAAGCUUUUUUUGUCUGCAAUUAAGUAAACCAUGAUUAUUAAUGAGUAAUUUCAUAGAAGGAAGAUGGUGUUUUGUUUUUAAGGUGAAGGAAACAGGUUGAACAGAAAUUCUGGAUAAUAACGUAAGAAUGCAAUUACUAAAGUCUGGUGACUGCAUUAUUUUUAAGUUCAUACAAAGAGCUGGGCUAGGCAAGCUCAAGGAGACCAUUGUUAAACAUCAUUUUCUGCCUUUUUAAUAUACUAAAAUUUGAAAGUUUACUAUUGGAAUUAAAUUAGGAAAGAAGACGACACAGUAAGUAAACCCUUAAGAUUCAAAGCUGUUUUGGGAUUUAAAUGGUAUUUUCAUGAAAAAUUUCAACUGUCCACGAUUAAGUCACAUCUUCGAAGGGAAGGCUUACCUGGAUAACGGUGCGUCAGAGAAGAAUCCCAUCAGAUGCAAACAAGUCAAAACCAGUCCAGCAGAGGUGGUGAGCUAGUCUCCCUUCUCAUUUUGGUAAGGGAAGGGUAUGGGGGUGAGGGAAAAAGAAUGAACAGAAAAGUUAUAGGAGAGAUGGAAUUAAAAGUUCUCAGGAGAGACAAGAGUUGAAAGAGAUGCGAUCUUGAACAAGAACUGCCACUGGGGACCGCCCUGCCUCUCUGGAGUUUGUCAAAGGGUGAACUGUUAGAGCAGGCACAGGAGUAAAUACAUGAGCCUAAGGGGGAGGAAACUAGUAGUUGAUUGAACCUAGAUCUAGACAUUAAAUAUGCCACCAGCAUGCUUGCACAGUGCUAGAGUUUCCUUUGAUUCCCCCCAAAACUCUGAACUGGAAAAGAUGGGGAUUAGUGUGACCUUUUCCUCACACCAUAGAGCUGCAGUGUGCGAACUAAUUUAGGCUUCAAAAAAGGAUGGUGCUGGUUCUAGUGAGAGUAAAAAAAGCCCUGGUGGCAUUUUCAAAUGUUUUGGUAAGGACUAAAAUAAUGGCAGUACAGCCUGAUGCUAAAAUUGAGGGAUUUGGCAUUACAUGUAGUAUGAGAAAAGGCUACAAACCUUGGGUUUUAUUUAAGCCAAAAGAAAAUUCUCAGCAAGACACAUAUAUACAAUUUAUUAAAAACACAUGAACACAUUAAAAUCUCACUAUUUAUACAAUCUAAAUUCUAGCAACAUAUACAAAUACUGAGUGACUACAGUACAUGCCGAGGUAAGAAAAGUACAUUCUGGGAGAAUCAUUGACACUCAAACCAUUUUUAUUUCUAAUAUGUACUUCAGUACUGUUUGGUUCCUACCUUUCCCAGUGCCAAAAACUAGUCACAAAUUGGAGUAAAUAACAAGCGGUGCCACAGUUGAAAGUAUUUUAAUAACCAUCCAACUCUUAAUCAAUUUUGCAGUUUAGGGACUUCAAGUUCACAACAGAAAGGCAGAGCUUAACAAGUUUUUGGCCCACAAUCUAUUCUAUCAUCUGACAUGGCAUUUCCACAGCCCUUUCACUCUCCAGGUGACAAUGUAGAGCCAAGGCAAGGAAGUUCAAGCUUUCUCACUUUCCACAGAAUUAUGGCCACAUUCAUAUUUAAAGGAGUGCAUUUUCUGUUGGGGCAUCGUAGGACAAGAGUAUACAUAACACCGUAAUUCCAAGUGCUGUAUAAAUUCUCUACACAAACCAUUUCAUCAGCGGAUAAACCCAUUGUUCAAUGCAAAGUGCAAAUAGCGAAACAUGAAUUUAAAUAGCUGAACUAGACCCUGCAUAUACAAGAGGAUCUAUUUAGUGUUACAGCUUUUAAUACAAUACAAAUCAGCAUUCACAAUACUGGUUCUGAAGAUCAUGGUAUCAGAAGUCAAUGUGAUUUUAGGAAACUUGAAGGGCCACACUUGUUGUACCACUGUCUGACUCUAUUUUGACAACUGUGCUAAUAGGAAAAAAAAAAAAAUCCAAUAAACCAGAGUGACUUAA